CGAAACAAAGGCUGUGUAAACUCUUCUUCUUGCGCCAAUUUUCCAAUCCUAUUCCUUACCCCUCUCUUUCUCUCUCUAAAUCAGCAGCCCAAAGAAUGGAAGCAAAAGCAGCUGCCGCCAUCCUUCAAGUUCUAAUCCAAAACCUCAUCGACCUCUCCAAGAAAGAAUUCUCACUAAUGCGAGGUCUCGACAAAGACGCAGCAAAGUUAACUGAGAGCUUAGAUAUGAUCCAGAAAUUCUUGAACGAAGCUGAGAUGGGCACCAUCAACGACCAAGCUGUCAAGAGCUGGCUCAAAAAGCUUGAAAACGCGGCCUUCGACGCCGACAACGUUUUGGAUGAGCUCAACUAUCAAAUUCUCUCCAAACAAAUUAAGGCCAUCAAACCAAUCAAGGAAAAGGUACUAUCAUGCUUCUCAUCCUUCAAUCAUAUUGCACAUCCUCGAAAAAUGGCUAAGAGGAUAAAAAAAAUCAAUGACAAUUUGGACUCUAUUAGCAAAGAGGCAACCCAACUUGGCCUCAUAGGGAGGCUUUCCAUUUUACCCAAUUUGAUUGAUGCUUCUUUUGAAACUGAUUCAUUCGCUGUUGAUCCACUUUUUAUUGGAAGGGAUGAUGUUGUCUCGAAAUUAGUUGAGAAACUUACAAAUAGUGUUAAGAGUGAUGAACGUGGAAUUUGUAUCCUUUCGAUUUGCGGAAUGGGUGGAACGGGGAUGACGACGUUGACUAGAAAAGUCUUCAAUCAUGAGAAGAUAGAGACUCAAUUUGGAUCGCGUAUUUGGGUGCAUGUUUCUCAAAUUUUUGAUCCAUUCAUUUUGUUUAAGAAAAUCCUCGAAGAAUUGACUUGUGAUCGAGUUGAAGUAGAGAAUAGGCAAGGUAUUAUGAGAAAGCUUCAACAAGCUUUGAAAGAUAAAACUUAUCUUCUUGUUCUUAAUGAUGUGUGGAAUGAAGAUCUUUCGAAAUGGGAAGAUUUUAUAAAUUCCUUGUCGGGAGUUAGUUGUGUGAAGGGAAAUGCUAUUGUUGUUACCACCAGAAUUAUGAGCGUAGCUUCAAUUGCGAAUCCGUAUUUUAUACAUCAAAUGAACGGCUUAUCAGAUGAAGAGUGUUGGUCAAUAAUCAGAGGAAAAACCUUUGGAAAAGAGGAUGUUCCUUUAGAAUUUGAGGCCAUUGGGAGAAAGAUUGCAAGAAGAUGUCGAGGGUUGCCCUUAGCUGCCAACAUAGUUGGGGGAGUGCUACGCAAUAAAUCAGAAGAAAAAUGGCACUCCAUCGAACAGAAAUGGCUUUCACAAGAUGAAGGAGCUAGUAUCACAAAAAUAUUGAGAUUGAGCUUCGACAAUUUGUCCCCGCCAUUACUUAAGAAGUGCUUUGCGUACUGUGCGAUGUUUCCUAAAGGUUGCGAAAUCAUGAAACAGGAACUGAUUGAGUUGUGGAUGGCAGAAGGUUUUCUUCAAGCUGAUGGAAGCGAUGACAUGGAGUCCGUGGGUGAAAAAUUUAUCAACAUUCUUCUUCACAACUCUUUACUCCAAGUUUCAAAGACAGAUGGUUACGGAAAUGUAGAAAGUUGUGGAAUGCACGAUCUUGUGCACGAUCUCGCCUGUUCUGUUUCAAGUUCCUCUAACAAUACGGUGGGUAGCUGCCGAGUUCGAUACAUGACUCUCAGAGACAACAACUGUGGAGAUAUAUCAUGUCCAAUCCCAAAAGACAUGGCAAAAUCUUUGCGUACAUUACUAAUAACACCCGAAGGUGAUAUUUCUGGUAUCAACUUCUCAGACUUCGAAAGUUUGCAUGUUUUGGGUCUUGACUCUAGAAUUAAAGAGUUGUCAAGUUCGAUUCGAAAGUUGAUACAUCUGAGAGAUUUAGACAUUUCAAAGACAAAAAUUGAAUAUUUGCCUGAUUGGAUUGGUGAAUUCUUUCAUUUGCAGACGCUGAGAGUAGACUCACUAGGUUUGGAAAAAUUGCCAACUACGAUUAAGUACUUGAUUAACUUAAGGCAUCUUUAUGUUGACUGGAGGGUAGAGUUGCCUAAGGGAAUUGGGAGAUUAACUUCUCUCCAAACGCUAAAGAACUUUGGAGUGGGAGACAAGAAUGGCUGCAAAAUUGAAGAGCUUGAAAGUUUGGAUAAUCUUAAAGGAGAGUUACAGAUUCGCAAUCUGGAAAGGGUUCAUGAUAAGGAGGAGGCUGGGAAAGCGAAUUUAUUCAAAAAGUCAAAAAUAUUCAAGUUGUGUUUGGCAUGGGGUGAUGAUAGAGAAGGUGAAAGAAAUGAUGAGAAUGUAUUAGAAGGCCUCCAGCCUCACUCAGAUUUGAAGAAGUUAGAGAUUCGGGGAUUCAAAGGCAGAAGAUUUCCAUUAUGGACUCGGAAGAUGGCAGUUCGAGAUGCACCUGGAGGCUCUUGUGGUACUUAACAAGUUAAUGUCGUUAUCACUCAUUGACUGCUUAGAAUUUGAAGAGAUCCCAAUGUUGGGGCACUUGCCCGAUCUCAAGUCCCUUGAGUUGAAAGGAUUGAGCAAUUUGAAGUGUAUAAAUUCUUCAUUCUACGGAAUGAUGAACAACGAGACACACAUUUCUUUUCCAGCUCUCGAAUCGUUCUGGUUGUCUGAAAUGCCUCAGCUGACAGAGUGGGCAGAAAUAAAAGUUUCAGGUGCAAGUGAAGUGAAGGCAUUUCCUCGCCUCAAACAUUUGCAUAUUUGUUAUUGUGAGCAAUUGAUGAGUGUUCCGAGUCAUCUCUCGUCAUGCCUUGAAGAUUUGACAAUUAAUGGGAUCGGUCUGCAAUGUGUCCCGGCUGAUUGGUUAUUCAGUAACAACAAGACCCUCUCUAAAUUGGAUAUAAAGGACUGCACCAAUUUGAGAGAAUUACGAGAUAGCGGCGUAGAACAAUCACAAGGAAGCUUCACAUCCCUUCGCCAUCUCGAGAUUCUUGAAUGCGAAGCAUUGGAAUAUUUGCCAUGUGAAAUGCUAGGAUUCUCUCUUGAGAAGUUGUUGUUGCAGGGUUUAAGUAGCCUGAAGAAUCUACCAAGGGUAAUUGACUGCCUCCCAAAAUUGCCUCGUCUAAUAGAAUUGAUAAUCAAAGGCGUUCCUAAUUUUAUGGCCACUUCUCAUCUUGAGAUUUCGCCUUUUUCUAGCUUGAGAGAAAUAAGCAUCGAUCUUAGUAUGGGGGAGUCAAGCUCGAUGGAGACUGUGGAUGCCAUAUUGCAAGCAUGCUGCCACUCGCUUUAUUCGCUAACUUUGAAUGGGAUGGAAAGUUGGAAAUGUCUGCCGGAAUCAAUUCAACAUCUCACUGCUCUUUCUAGUUUAAGGUUAGAGGAUUUUGGAAUGGAAGAGUUACCUGAAUGGUUGGGGAGCCUCUCAUCUAUAGAAUCAUUGAUUUUAUAUAACUGCAAAAGGCUAAGGCGUCUACCCUCUAUGGAUGCAAUGCGGCGCCUCACAACAUUAAAAGAACUACAUUUUAGUGAUUGCCCGGAAAUAGUGAUUCAAAGUGAGGCAGCUAAUUCUGAAUGGCCUAAGGUUUCCCAUAUCCCCAACGUCUACAAUGAUCUCUCCAAUGACAAUGCUGGUGAUGUUGAUUCUGAAGAAAGUGAAACGGAAGAAAGUGAAACGAGCAAACAGUUGUGUUUGAGGUGCCUCUAAAGAAUUAGGAGGUGAAGCAAGGGGAUCAGUGAAGAAGGAAUGAUGAGUAUGAUUCUAAAGCCAUGGCAGAGAUGGGUGAGCUUCUGAAGAGCAUGGAGGCAAGGCGACCUCAACUAGAGGCGCUAACGGGCUUGCUCGUUGGGAAGAACGACGACAGUGUAGUUGUUGACUCUGAAGAGA